AUGAAAUGUAAUAGUUAAUAAUGUAAAAAACAACUCCUUUAAAAGAGUGAAGAUAUUUAAACGUAAUGAUCCUAUCAAAAAUAGAAUAGCUGAUGAAUUAACUGAAGAAUUUUCAAUGUAUGAAGAAACAUCAUAAUCUUUUUCAGAAAUCUUUGAAGUUGAUAUAAAGGAGCAAAUUAAAAUAAAAUAAUGGUAAGUUUAGUAAAUUAUGAAUUAUACAGUGAUUAUAAUAAAAAUGAAAAACUAUUCCAGUAAAAUUAGGAACCAUUAAGAAAUUACAAUGUCGAAGGGUCUUUAGAAAAUUUAAAAAUCUAUAUGUAACAUGAGAUCUUAUUAAAAACAUAAAAGCUAGAAAUAUAAACCAAAAAAUAUAGAAUUGGAUUCAAAACUUAAGCCAUUCAUACCUGAUUAUAUACCUGCUAUAAACAAUGUAGAAGAUUGUAUCAUGAUACCAAGGCCAGAUAGGAAAAACGAUGAUUAUGGCGUACAUGAUGUGGUACAAUAAUAACUAAAUGGUAGAGAGAAGUAUCAAUCAAAAAAUAAAACGAUAAAAUAAAAAUAAAUUUUAAUGAAACUUAAAAGGAAUAAGAGAACAGGAUUAAAUAGGGAUUGCAAAAAGUUAAAUAUUAAAAAACUAUAAAAGGAAAAAUAGAGAGAAAACCAAAAACAUUUAGAAUAAAAGCCUACAAAUUAAGAGGAUAUUUUUAAAAUAAUUUCAUAGUAUUUAUAAUUAAUUUUUUAGAUAUUAACCAAUAACAAUAAAUAUUGAACCAAUUCUGAAACCUUUCAUACCUGAUUAUAUACCUCAAGUUUAGAAUCCUGAUGCAAUUCUUAAGGUACCUAGACCAGAUGGGAAAGAAGAUUUUCUUGGUCUUACCAUGCUAGUAAUAAUAUUUCUAAAAAAUUAGGAUGAAAGGAAGGUUAAGGGCUUAUAUACGCAAUGA